AUGUACAAUACACCACAGAAUGAUCUUUUACACUCUACUAAUUCUAAUCGACACUCCAUGUUCCUGGGCGUCAUCAAACAUACAAAGUUCCUGCACCCUCAGAAUCACAAGGCGUCCAGGGCCUUGGAAUCAAGAGAUUUCUCGGCGGCCAUCAGGUGCUUAACAAAACUAAUAGAAACAUAUCCUGAUAGUUACUCCGUGCGAUGCGACCGAGGAUACGCAUCAAAACAAUUGGGAAACAUAAGAGAUGCGUUGGCUGAUUUUAAUGAUGCCAUUAAUCUUAAUCCCGUAAAAUUACGAGCUUUUAUGCUUCGUGGGGAGACGUAUUUUGAGAUCAACAGGUACGAUCUCGCAAAGGCCGAUCUGAUGAAUGUACUCAAGAUAGGAUCGGAUCAACCGUCGGAUCAGAGAUUAUUGUUGAAUGCAAACCGAAUGCUUGGCGAAAUCAUGUUGGUCGAACAAGAGUAUGUCGAGGCAUUGCCUUACCUCAAUGAAGUUUUGAGAUAUUCACCCUUCGACAAGGAAACGUUAAGGGCGCGCGGGAACCUGAAUAACCGGUUGAAACAUUAUGAAGAUGCGUUAAAGGAUUUUAGUCUACUCUUGGAAAUUGAACCUAAUGAUCCCGAGGCGUUGGAAAUACGGCUGACAUUAUACAGAAAACUCGAGAUGUACAAUACGGCGCUGACGGAACUUGGUCUCGCAUUGGAGCGCAAAGGAAAUGAUCCAGAUCUAUUGAUGAAACGUGGGAAGAUUUUGCUGAAUCAAAAACGACAUCAAGAGGCAUUGUCGAAUUUUAAUGAACUACUAAAGAUCGAUUUUCCGGACGUUGCAAAGGUCCUUAGGAAUCGGGCCAAGGUCCACGAGAACUUGUCACGUUAUGAUGAUGCGCUCGCCGAUUAUGACGAGGCGAUAAAACUAGAAGAGGGUAAGGCAUCGACAUAUCGAAGGCGAGCGAAAAUAUAUUAUACUUUUAAAAAAAAAUACAAGGAAGCGUUGGAUGACGUAAACCAAGCGUUACAGAUCGAUCCGAGAGACAGUGAAGCUGAGUCACUACGCAAUAAAAUUUACACAUCAUUGAGAAAAUAUGAUGAUGCUUUGGAAGGCCUGAAUAAAUCGUUAAACGCAAACCCAACCAACCUAAUUUCACUGAUAAGCCGUGGAGAGGUAUACAGAAUAAAGGGACUUUACCAAGAAUCUCUGAUAGAUCUAAACAAAUCCCUAGAAAUUCAACCGGAAAAUGUUACAGCUCUUCUGAAUCGGGCAAAGGUCCAUCGGCAUCUCGAAAAUUACGAGGACGCACUGGUAGAUUUGAAUAAGGCGAUCACAUUUGAACCGCAAGAUGGGCGGCUGCUAAGAAAUCGAGGAAAAAUUAAUCUCAGGUUGCAAAGGUACGAUGUUGCACUGACAGACUUGGACCGAGCCAUCUUUAUCGAUCCAGAUACGUCGGCGUUCAGGCAUCGUGGAUUGGUGCGAUUAAUGAUGAAUCAAUUCGAUAGAGCACUCAGUGAUUUCAAAGAAUCUCUCAAACUCAAUCCUCACAACAUCAACGUAUAUUCCGAUUGUGCCGAAACUUACAUAAACAUGGGUAAAUUUGAGAAGGCACUUGAAUAUUUGAGUAAGGUAUUGGACAUUGAUGCGAAUAAUAGUAGGGCAUUAGGCCUCCGGGCGAUGUCGCUUACAAGCUUAUGCAGAUUCGAUGAGGCAUUAGAAGAUUUUGAUUUGGCCGUACAAUUAAAUCCCAACGACUGUGUCCCAUUAAUUAAACGUGCGAAGAUUUACCAAAAAAAAACAAGAUAUCAAGAGUCGCUGAGAGAUUGGAACGAAGUGUUGAGAAUCUCCCCGAUAAAUAUCGAGGCACUGGAGAACCGAUCUCAGGUCUUAUUUAAGAUUUGUAGGUACGAAGAAGCUAUCAGAGAUCUCGAUAGCAUCUUGGAGCAGAAUCCGGAUAAUUUUUUCGCUCUUUGCAUACGUGCAGAAGUCUACCUAAAAAUUGGAAGAUAUCAAGAUUCUCUAAAAGAUCUCGACGAAGCGGAGACGUUGAAGGGGAACAAAUGUUUUGUGCAUACAUUUCGUGGAGCUGUCUACUACGAGAUGGGGCGCACGCAAGAUUCCAUGUCUGAUCUCAACAAGGCGUUACAAUACGAAAGAACAAAUCUUUUAAAUUCAUGGUGUCGGCUGAAGGCACUUAUAACUCGAUCGAAAAUAAAUAGGGACAAGAAACGUUAUCAGACAGCAAGGGAGGAUAUAAACAAGGUGCUGACAGAGGAACCCUUCAAUUUCGAGGCGUUAUGUGAGAGAAGCCUUCUCUUCAGGGAUGGCUAUAAGAAUCUGAAUGAUGCUUGGUUAGAUUUGGAACGUGGAUUGGAGGCACCCGAAGAGGCUCUCUCUACCGAGUUUUCUGUAAAGGAAUUACUGAUCUUCGAAACUCGGUUGAUUUAA